AUGUUGAAACGAUACAGUUAUGCUCCAGUCAAGAAGAUGACAAAUUCAUUUGCGCAUGUUCUCGGGGAAGGAGGCUUUGGAACUGUAUAUAAAGGGAAAUUACCGGAUGGAAACCAAGAUGUUGCAGUGAAGAUUUUAAAAGAGUCAAAGGGGAAUGGAGAAGAGUUCAUCAAUGAAGUAGCUAGCAUGAGUAGAACAUCCCAUGUUAAUAUCGUUUCUUUGCUUGGAUUCUGUUAUGAAGGAAACAAGAGAGCUAUAAUCUACGAGUUCAUGUCAAAUGGAUCCCUAGACAAGUUUAUUUCCGAGAAUAUGUCAGAUAAGAGGGAAUGGAAAAAGCUACAUGAUAUUGCGUUAGGUGUCUCUCGUGGCCUAGAGUAUUUGCACAAUAGUUGUGUGUCAAGGAUUGUACAUUUCGACAUAAAGCCGCAAAACGUACUCAUGGACAACGAUCUUUGUCCCAAGAUUUCUGAUUUCGGUCUUGCUAAGCUCUGUAAAAACAAAGAGAGCAUCAUAUCCAUGCUAGACGCAAGAGGAACGGCAGGAUACAUCGCUCCUGAAGUGUUUUCGAAGAACUUUGGAGGAGUUUCUCAUAAGUCAGAUGUGUAUAGUUAUGGGAUGGUGGUUCUUGAGAUGAUUGGAGCAAGGAAUAUAGAUAAGGCUGAAAAUUCUGGAUCCAACAAUAGUUCAAUGUACUUUCCAGAUUGGAUCUAUAAGGAUUUUGAGAGGGGAGAAAUCAUGACGAUUUUUGGAGAUCAGAUAACCAAAGAAGAAGAGAAAAUUGCAAAGAAAAUGGUAUUGGUUGGUCUAUGGUGUAUUCAAACAAAUCCAUCUCUUCGUCCAGCAAUGAUCAAAGUCAUUGAAAUGUUAGAGGGCAGUAUCGAAGCUCUCCAGGUUCCACCUAAGCCUCUCUUAUGUUUACCCGCAAUGGUUCCAGAAACUGUUGAAGAUAGUAAUGAAACUUCAAGCUUCUCUAACCCAAGUCAGUUUGAAAGAGGUUCUCUUUCAGCUUCUGAAGAUACUUUACGAUUUCCAACAAAGAGUUUCAAAAACCUGAUGAAGGAAGUCGAAAGUAGUUCAAAGCCUUCCUCAAAUAAAGUCAGCAAAGCGAGUGAAUCUCUUACAUAA